AUGAGAAAUCUAGUUUUUGCUCUAGCAUGGGUUUUCGCUCUGCUAGCUUCGUCUUCUAUGACUUCUGCGGCUAUAGUGGAGCACACAUUCAAUGUGGCGAACUUCACUAUCCCUCGUCUAUGCAACAAUCAAGUUAUCACUGCCGUUAAUGGGGAGUUUCCUGGACCCACCUUACACGUGCGAGAGGGUGACACUGUUGUCAUCCAUGUGUUGAACAAUUCGCCUUACAACGUCACCAUACAUUGGCAUGGAAUAUUUCAAAUUCUCAGUGGAUGGGCCGAUGGUCCCGAAUAUGUCACUCAAUGCCCAAUUCGUCCCAAACAUAAUUUUACUUACAGAUUCAAAAUCCAAGGACAAGAGGGAACUCUUUGGUGGCAUGCUCAUGCAUCCUUCCUUCGUGCAACAGUCCAUGGUGCAAUUUUUAUCCAUCCAAGGAAAAACCAUCCUUAUGCAUUUCCUAAGCCCUACGAGCAUGUUCCCAUCUUAUUCGGUGAGUGGUGGAAAUCUAACAUUAUGGACUUCGAUGCCCAAAGACUUCCCCCAUCCGAUGCUUUCAUGAUCAAUGGAUUGCCCGGUGAUUUAUACAAUUGCUCUAAAGAUCAGAUGUUCAACUUGAAGGUUAAGCCUGGCAAAACCUACUUGCUAAGGAUAAUCAACGCCAACAUCAAUAGCCAAAUGUUCUUCAAGGUUGCCAAUCACAACUUUACUGUUGUCGCAAUCGAUGCCGUGUACACGACACCUUAUGCUACCGAUCUUAUAGUGAUUGCCCCGGGUCAAACCACCGAUGCCCUAUUGAAAGCUGAUCAACCAAUUGGUUCCUAUUACAUGGCUGCAUCAAUUUACUUCUCCACAACAGCAAAUAUUGACCGCACCACAACUAGAGGGCUUAUUGUAUAUGAAGGUUCCAAAACAACCACUCCUUUAACGCCAAUCUUGCCAGCCUUCAACGACUCUGGUACUGCCAACAAGUUUUUCACCAACCUUACUGGGCUUGUAAAUAGGCCCCAUUGGCGCCAAUGUCCACAUGAAGUGGAUGAACACAUGUUCAUUACAUUAGGGAUUAAUCUUGCACCUUGUCCAAUCAACGGUACAUGUGUAGGCCCACAAGGAUUUCAACUCUCUGCUAGCAUGAACAAUGAAUCUUUUGUACUUCCAAGUGAUAAGAAAAUGUCCAUGUUGGAAGCAUUCUACUAUGAUGCUAGUGGCGUGUACACAAAGGAUUUUCCAAGUAACCCUCCCCUAGAGUUUGACUAUACCAACCCAAAUAAUAGCCUUGACUUUGCUCACAUAUUUGCACCCAAAUCAACCAAGGUGAAGAAGUUGAAAUACAAUUCCACUGUAGAGAUUGUGUAUCAAAACGUUGCGUUCCUUGACACGGAGAACCACCCCAUGCACAUUCAUGGUUUCAACUUCUUUGUUUUAGCUCAGGGUUUGGGAAACUACAAUGCCACUCAAGACAGGAUGAAGUUUAAUCUUGUAAAUCCCCAAAUGAGAAAUACAGUUGCGGUGGAAAAAGGAGGGUGGGCUGUGAUCAGGUUUAAAGCAGAUAAUCCAGGUAUAUGGCUGGUACACUGCCAUGUAGACAGUCAUCUGGAAUGGGGGAUGACCAUGGCUUUCGAAAUUGAGAAUGGUCCUACUCCUUCGUCUAGGCUACCUUCCCCACCUCAUGAUCUACCCAAGUGCUGA